AUGUGGCGCGACCGCACUAAUCUCUAUAUCUCGUACCGGCAGUCCUACGCCCACCACCCGACCCAGCGCAACCGAUAUACCCCUCAGAGCGCAGGCGACCGCUUCGGCGGGACUUCCGGCGGGGCUGGCAGCAGCACGGGGGUUCUCUUCUCGGCCGACGAUGACCGGCGCGGCCUUUUGUCGGCGGGGGCCUACGAUGUUGACGACGGCGAUGCAGUGAUCGAGAUGGAUCUGCUUCCGCCUCGGUGGGCGGAUUCAUCGGACGAAGUGUCGGAGGUGCUGGCCGACAUCGCGCGCAAGAGCCAGAAGCUGGAGCGGUUGCACCAGAAGCACGUACUGCCGGGGUUCGACGAUGAGGAGGCCAAGAAGGAUGAGGAACGGGAGAUAGAGCAGCUCACGCAGUCCAUCACCAAGGGGUUCCACGAAUGCCACCGCGUCAUCCAGCGUAUCGAGCAGAUGGUGCGCGAGGGUAAACAUAAUGGCCAGAUGAGCCGCGCCGACGAGGUCAUGGCCAAGAACAUACAAAUCAACCUUGCCACGAGAGUCCAGGAGGCCAGCGCCAACUUCCGAAAGAAGCAGAGCGCAUAUCUGAAGAAACUAAGAGGCAUGAGCGGCCUUGCCAGCCCAACCCUCGACCGAGUCUCAACCCCCCUCUCUUCCUUUGGUCCCAGCGGCCUCCCACCCGGUAACAGCUCCAACAGUGCCUCUAUCCUCGAAUCCGACGCCGACCGGGUCUUCUCCCAGUCCACUCUACAAGCGUCAACCCACCAGAAGCUGCUUAACAGCAAUGACCAGGCGAUCUCGCAGCGCGAGCGCGAAAUCGACGAAAUUGCGCAGGGAAUCAUCGACCUGUCCGACCUGUUCAGGGACUUGCAGACCAUGGUCAUCGACCAGGGCACGAUGCUGGACCGGAUCGAUUAUAACGUGGAGCGGAUGGCGACGGAUGUGAAAGAGGCGGCUAAGGAGUUGACUGUUGCACAAGGGUACCAAAAGAAGACCACUAAGAGGAAGAUCAUACUGCUGUUGUUGAUUCUAAUAGCGGGCAUGAUCAUUUUGCUGGUUAUCAAGCCGAAGAAACAUGGGGGUUGA